GGUUUUAUUUUUUUAGGGAGCUUGCGCGCCCUUCUUGGUUUGAGGAACUUCAAAUCGGGGAGAUCGAAGUCAUGAUUCCCGGGAGGUCACAGGAACUACCCCGAGGGCCAUAGUCUCCUUGAUUUUAACGGCUCUGAGCAGCGUCGGUCUCCGGGCUCUGGAGCUGUCUGGCACCCCAGCUGCCUCCUCUUCUCCGUUGAUGACCUCAGAGUUGGAGCGCUGUGCCGUCAACGCUGUGCGUGUGUGGCGGAUGCCCCCUCGGCAUUGUGGAUUGAAGGAGGCCACACAGCUACUCCUGACAGAGAGGAGCCAUGAGAUGUAGCCAACCAAACCAGGAAGGAUAAUUCGGGCUGCAGGAAACUACGGAACCAAAGUAAGAGACGACAAAUUCCCACAUCCUGCGGGAAGACCACAGAGCUGCUCCAUAUCGCCCACGAAUACCUUUGCACCUCAAGUUUUCCGCAACCUUCGUGCAGGGCCUGACGCGGACGCUGGCACGGCAGGGCGGGUGUCUCUGCGGGGACGUGGGGGGUGCUGCCGGGACCGCUGCAGUCGACGCGGGAAGAGACAUCAAACCAAGGUCUCGCUGUCAGCGGCUCUGCGGCGCCCCCUGUGGAUGGCUCAGGUCACUGCCCAGGUCUGGAAGCUGCUUUGGGGCGAGGAGACCCCGCCUCCGGGCUGCGGGCUGCCGGAAGUCCUCCGCAUUACGUCAUUCUCGCACGCCAGCCGGCGGCGGUGGAGUCGCACGUUUUCGUGGGGAGUGAAGAGCCACGCCAGGAUGGGAGAUGUGGUGGAAGAUGAGGUGCAGUUCUACACCAAGGCGGAGCGCUACUGGCAGGAGGUGCCGCCCACCGUGGACGGCAUGCUGGGGGGCUACGGCAGCAUUUCCACCAUCGACAUCAACAGCUCCAAGAAGUUCCUGAAGAGGUUCCUGGGGGAGGGGCAGGGGAAGACGGGCACGAGCUGCGCCCUGGACUGCGGCGCGGGCAUCGGCCGCAUCACCAAGCGCCUGCUGUUGCCGCUGUUCCGCGCGGUGGACAUGGUGGACGUGACGCCCGAGUUCCUGGAGAAGGCGCGGGCCUACCUGGGCGAGGAGGGCAAGAGGGUGGACAACUACUACUGCUGCGGCCUGCAGGACUUCCAGCCCCAGCCCGGCCGCUACGACGUCAUCUGGAUCCAGUGGGUCAUCGGUCACCUGACGGACGAGCACCUGGUGGGGUUCCUGCGGCGCUGCCGGGGCGGCCUGCGGCCGGGGGGGCUGAUCGUGGUGAAGGACAACGUGGCGCACGAGGGCGUGAUCCUGGACGAGGUGGACAGCAGCGUGUGCCGGGACCUGCCCACGCUGCGCGGCCUGAUCCAGCGGGCCGGCCUGCAGGUGCUGAGGGAGGAGCGCCAGGAGAACUUCCCCAAGGACAUCUACCCCGUCCAGACGCUGGCGCUCCGCUAGGACCGGCCCGGGGAGGGGUGAGGGGUGGGGGCAGUGCAGUCUGAGCCCCCGGCUGUUGGAAAGGUACUUCACCAGUGGCCCAGCUGUCAGUGUGCGUGUCUGUGCACCCACCUGUGUGUGUGUGUGAAGUGUGUUUAAGCACACACCAGAGUGUGUGCACGCCUCUGAGCACGUACCUGUGUGAGAGUCAGUCCGAAGGGCUGUGCGAGUGGCUCUCUCUGUGGGCUCAAG